AGGCCAUGCUGCAACCUGAACUUCUUGGUCGAGAUUUUACCCACCUUGAAUUUAUAAGGAGGCCAAUGAGAAAAGACUUAGGGAAGAAAAUGCUGUAUAGAGAUGCUUAUAUGACUGGAUGGUCUUACAAGACUGUAGUUGCUGAAGACUUGAAAUUUCCUCUAGUCUACGGGGAUGGAAAAAGGAGUAGGGUUCUUGCAACGAUUGGAGUCACCCGAGGUUUUGGAGAUCACGAUCUGAAGGCACAGAGUAGUGAUGUGUACAUCAAACCUUUUCUUACUGCUCAACCUGAAGUGAGUUUUCUUCUU